AAGAUGGCUGUAAUUAAGAGUCUUUCUGAAACCAGAAACCGCGAGUUCAUGCCCCCACCUCAAGAGCCCGAGCUUCCCCCUCUCUGAACCGCCCCCACACCCGCUCCCGCGAACUCCCGCUUACGCUUUCCGGGCGGCGCGCGACGCGCUCGCUCCGCCCCUCUGGCCCCGCCCCCCGGCCCCUCUUCUUGCUCUCAGGAGAGCCAACGCGCACAAGCAAGGGUGUGCGGCUCUGAGACGUGCGUUGCUGCUUCUGGGUGUGAGACAUCCUAGCUCCUCUUCCCCUUCCGUGAGUCCCUCCUUUCCUCGCAGACCCCACUCGUCGUGGCUGGCUGCCGCCGCAGCUCUCGUGCCAAGCCGGCAGUGCGCGUGCGCGCGGGCACGGGCGCGCGACCGUCGGGCCCCCGCGCUCCCUCCCCUUCCCGCUCCUCUAUAACUUGGCUGGCGUGGAGGAGGCGCCGCCGGAGUCGGAAGGCGGGGAGCUAGGAGGAGGGAGCUCGAGAGUUGUGGGGACUAGUGACUGGGAGAAGUCGCAGCCCGCUCAGGCCCGCGCCUUCCCGCUCGCCGUCUUCCUCUCACACACCUACUCAGCCCCAGCCCGCGCGCUAGCUCCUUCUCUCGCCCGGGGUUCCUGCCGGUAGCUCUCCGGGUCUUGGCGCGGCGGGGGCGCCCCGGGGGUGCCCUCGCCCUCCCGUUGCGGGCGGGCGGGCGGUAUGUGGCGCCUGGUGCCCCCGAAGCUGGGCCGACUGUCCCGCUCGCUGAAGCUGGCGGCGCUAGGCAGCCUGUUGGUGCUGAUGGUGCUGCACUCGCCGUCGCUGCUCGCCUCUUGGCAGCGCAACGAGCUGGCCGACCGGCGCUUCCUGCAGCUCAAUAAGUGCCCGGCGUGCUUCGGCACGAGCUGGUGCCGCCGCUUCCUCAACGGGCAGGUGGUAUUCGAGGCGUGGGGCCGCUUGCGCCUGCUGGACUUCCUCAACGUGAAGAACGUGUACUUCGCGCAGUACGGCGAGCCCCGCGAGGGCGGCCGCCGCCGAGUCGUGCUCAAGCGCCUCGGCUCGCAGCGCGAGCUGGCGCAGCUCGACCAGAGCAUCUGCAAGCGGGCCACCGGCCGGCCCCGCUGCGACCUGCUGCAGGCCAUGCCCCGGACCGAGUUCGCGCGCCUCAACGGCGACGUGCGUCUCCUCACGCCCGAGGCGGUGGAAGGCUGGUCGGACCUGGUGCACUGCCCCUCGCAGCGCCUUCUCGACCGCCUGGUGCGCCGCUACGCGGAGACCAAGGACUCGGGCAGCUUCCUGCUCCGCAACCUCAAGGACUCGGAACGCAUGCAGCUGCUGCUGACCCUGGCCUUCAACCCUGAGCCGCUGGUGCUACAGAGUUUUCCAUCUGAUGAAGGUUGGCCAUUUGCAAAGUAUCUUGGAGCUUGUGGAAGAAUGGUGGCUGUAAAUUAUGUUGGAGAAGAACUGUGGAGUUACUUUAAUGCGCCAUGGGAAAAACGAGUUGACCUCGCUUGGCAAUUAAUGGAAAUAGCAGAACAGCUUACAAACAAUGACUUUGAAUUUGCACUCUACCUCCUGGAUGUCAGCUUUGACAAUUUUGCAGUUGGUCCUAGAGAUGGGAAGGUAAUCAUUGUGGAUGCUGAAAAUGUUUUGGUUGCUGACAAAAGGUUAAUUAGACAAAAUAAACCUGAAAAUUGGGAUGUAUGGUAUGAAAGCAAGUUUGAUGACUGUGAUAAGGAGGCUUGCUUAUCAUUUUCAAAAGAAAUUCUUUGUGCUCGUGCCACUGUGGACCACAAUUACUAUGCUGUUUGUCAGAACCUCUUAUCCAGACAUGCCACCUGGCGUGGCACUUCUGGAGGACUCCUUCAUGAUCCACCAAGUGAAAUUGCCAAAGAUGGCCGGCUCGAGGCCUUGCUGGAUGAGUGUGCCAACCCAAAGAAGCGCUAUGGCAGAUUCCAGGCUGCAAAAGAACUGCGUGAAUACCUAGCACAAUUAAGUAACAACGUGAGGUAGUCUAUGGUGAACUUUUCUUUUUUUCUCCAUUUAAACAGCACUGGCUAAAACUAAACCACCAAAAAACGAUCUGAAAAAAUGAAAUUUGGAAGUGUUACAUUCAGAGGAUGAUAAACUUGCACUGAUAGAUCUUAAUGUUAACGUCCAUCAAAAUAAGACAUUACUUCAAAAAUCACAUGAUGCUUCUGCAAAUAAGUAUGUUCUUAUACUUUGGAGGCUUGAGCUGUCAUCAGCUGCUCCCCACUACCCCGGAAUGCUUGAGUGGAUUAAUGAAUAUUGUUAAGCUGUUGGAAAUGAGUCUGAUAGUACAUUGGCUUGUGUAUCAAAGGGUACUUGGUACUUAGUUUGCAUUUACUAUCAUGAUUUUGUGAAUCUCUUGCAUUUACUUUGAAUGUCAAGUCAGAUUGGCCUGUUUUAUAGGCCGCUUUUUCCUUCUGAUGUGUAGGGUUUUUUCCCAUUUUUGUUUUUUUUUUUUUAAAUUAAAUUUUGAAAAUUCAGGUUACUGUAGGUGUUCAUUUAAAUUUUUACUAGUUCUCAUUCAGUGCUAUUUGGUACAUAUUUACUGUUAGGGCAGGAUUCCCAGGUUUACUGUGUUUUUUUUUUUUUAAAGAAAGCUAAAUAUUACAUUAUGUAAAUACUUCUUUUCACCAACUUCUGUAGUUUCACCAUUGCAUGGUGUCAUUUCAGGUUAUUUAACAGUUAUAUCCCUCUGUGCCAAUAAUUACAAGUGUACACUAAACAUGAAGUUUGGCAUAUGUUGCAAAAUGUCAUUUUAUCUUUUCUAAAGGCUUUAAGAAGAAUAUACUAGAAUCUAUAUAUUGAUGUUAAUUUUGAUUCAGAAAAAAAUACAACCCAGUAUCUAAAAAGUGUUAACUAGUCCAAGAUAGUAAUGCAUAUGCCAAAGAAAUAUUACACCUAAUCUCAUGUUUAGAAUUUAAAAUAGAAUUGGUCACCUACUUAUUCUUACCACCCUACUUCCAGUAUUUUAGCUCUGUCAUUAUUAAAUUCAGAUCUUCCUGAUUGUUCUUUCUGUUGAAAGUUAAACUACUGCUUUCAAGUAAUUUAAAGUUAUCCUACCUUUUAUUCAUGGGUAGUUUUGCAAAAUUAACAUGGUAGCCAUUGUUUGAAUUUAAUCGGGCAUCAUAACCUUUUAUUUAUUGAGGAACUAAUCAUUAUUACUGUAAAGCAGACAAGUUAGCCAGUCAGCCCACUUUGGUCUUCUUUACCUAAUGGUUAAACAUCAAAACAUCAAAUUUAAUUAUUUGCAUAGAAAUGUGUGGGCUCUUUAAAAAAUGUUACAGUAUAUAAGUUGACUGUCACUAACAGGUAAUAUUUUUCUGUUUGAAGUUGUUACUUUUGUUUACAGCAAAGUUUGAUGUAGUGUGCAGUAGUGAGCUCUAGACUGAUCUUUUUCUAAAUCAGAAAGUGAUUAAAGUAUGCACAACCAAAGCCAGGUUUUUCUUUUUCAUUUAUUCAGCAACUAUUUAUUAAGCAUCAACUCUGUGCCAGGCACGUUACUAGCUGCUACAUACUGUCUGAACAUGACAUACGGUUAAGUAACUUUACAAUUAUUAUCAAAUACUUCAAUGUAGAUAUUUCUUAAGUUGAAAUAUCAUUAACUAGGAUAAUGCUUUCAUGUUAUUUUAUUGUCUUGUGAUAGAAAUUCAACUUGUACCAUCUAAAACUAGGUUGCUAUAAAAAUGGGAGGAUGAAGUCAAUAAAGUUAAUCCCAGUUUAAAAACUGGAAGGAAAAGGUAAGAGCUCUCCAUUAUAAAAUAGUUGCAUUUGGUUAAUUUUUACACAUUAGUGCAUUGCAUAUAUCAACUGGCCCUCAAUGAAGCAUUUAAGUGCUUGGAAUUUUACUAAACUGACUUUUUUGCAACUUUGGGAGAUUUUUGAGGGGAGUAUUUAAAAUUGCCAAACACUCACCUCUUACUCAAAACUUCAAAUAAAAUACACAUUUUCAAAAGGGAGCACCUUUUAUAUUUGAUAAGUUUUCAUUAUAAACCUUACAAUACCAGUCACAAAGAGGUUGUCUGUCUAUGGUUUAGCAAACAUUUGCUUUUCUUUUUGGAAGUGUGAUUGCAAUUGCAGAACAGAAAGUGAGAAAACACUGCCAGCAGUGAUUGCUACUUGAGGUAGUUUUUUAUAACUACCAUUUCCCCUCCAUGAAAUUAUGUGAAAUUUAUUUUAUCUUUGGGAAAAGUUGAGAAGAUAGUAAAAGAAUUAGGAAUUUAAAAUUACAGGGAAAAAUAUGUAAGUGAAAAGCAAUAAAUAUUUUGUUCACUUUGCUAUCAAGAUGUUCACUAUCAGAUAUUUAUUAUAUGGCAGCAAUUUAUAUUUUUAAUCAUUGCCCAUUAAUAGACGCAGUAAAAUAUUUUUGAAUCAGACAUUUGGGGUUUGUAUGUGCAUUAAAAUUGUCUUUUGUACUGUAAGUUACUGUUAAUUUGAAUAUUUUAUCGAACUGUCUCCCUGUGCCUUUAUAAUAUAAAGUUGUUUCUACAACUUUUAAUGAUCUUAAUAAAGAAUACUUUAAGAAUCACA